UCAGUUCAGGGAUGAAAAUGUGCUCAGUCGCCCCUUCGCUGCCAUUGGCUGAGGAGUUUGCGUCAAAGCGUAGCUGGCGACAUUUGCUUCUCAGCAAAUCUCCCCGCGAGAGAGAGAGACAGAGCCCAGCUUCGAGUCCUCCAGACGUUCUCAUUGGCCAGCCCUCUCUACAAAUCCAACUCCAGCAACUUCCCCAGAACAGACUAACAAAUCACAACCGCAUGUAUUUUACCGUCAUAAACGCUUUUGCACUAUCCCAUACAUUGGUGCAAGUGUUGAAGAUGAACGUUUUGUUGGUAUUUUUAUUCGAAUAUAUCCAAAGCGACAGUUACUUUUGAUUGUUUACAUUACAGGAUUUCGAGAGAGCUAUUUUAUUCAAGGAAAGAACUGGACAAAGAACAUUCUACUCCGGCCCACAAUCGAGAGCAUCCAGCGCCAAAAUCGAGACCUCGAGAAAAAUAACCAAUAAACAACCAAGGACAUCUACGGGCCAUACCCAAUUUUCAACAUUUUCUCCAACUUUACCCCCCAGUCCAACAUUAGCAUGAUGUCGUAUCUCAAGCAACCACCUUACACAGUCAACGGACUGAGCUUAACGACCUCCGGAAUGGACCUUCUGCAUCCAUCCGUGGGCUACCCAGCGACGCCCCGCAAGCAGAGACGAGAAAGGACGACUUUCACACGCGCACAACUUGACGUUUUAGAGGCACUGUUCGGAAAAACUCGAUAUCCUGAUAUAUUCAUGCGCGAGGAGGUAGCACUGAAAAUCAAUCUGCCAGAGUCUCGUGUACAGGUUUGGUUUAAGAACCGAAGGGCAAAGUGCCGCCAGCAACAACAGCAGCAGCAGAACGGGGGGCAGAACAAAGUGCGACCAGCCAAAAAGAAGAGUUCUCCAGCCAGAGAAGCGAGCUCUGAGAGCGGGGCGAGUGGCCAGUUCACACCGCCCUCAAGUACUACUUCGGUCCCUUCCAUAUCAACCAGCACCGCACCGGUAUCUAUUUGGAGUCCAGCUUCCAUCUCUCCACUGGCUGACCCUCUUUCUACAUCCUCCUCCUGCAUGCAAAGAUCCUACCCAAUGACCUACACACAGGCCUCGGGAUACAGCCAAGGCUAUGCCGGAUCAACGUCAUACUUCGGCGGAAUGGACUGCGGUUCUUACCUUACACCCAUGCACCACCAGUUGUCUGGCCCAGGGACGACAGUCAGUCCUAUGAGCACCAACGCCGUCACAAGCCAUCUGAACCAGUCCCCUGCAUCCCUCUCCACUCAGGGCUACGGAGCCUCGGGGCUAGGCUUCAACUCCACGGCGGACUGCUUGGAUUAUAAGGACCAAGCGGCAUCCUGGAAGCUGAACUUCAAUGCCGAUUGCUUGGAUUAUAAAGACCAGACUUCAUCGUGGAAAUUCCAAGUCCUGUGAAAAGAACAAUAUGGCUAUGUAAACUAUUCAAACGAAGAUAAUGAUGAUAAAUCAAACAUCUAGCCCUGCCAUCCUUCAAUAAGAUAUAUCCGUAAAAGACUGAUUAUUCGUGUCGCCGGUAUGAACUUCGAGAGAGAAGGGGGGGGGGGGGGGGAUUUCGGUGGCGGCUGGUGUUGAUGGCAUGAAGUUUGUCCCCGUCCAGCAGAGGAGAAGUUAUAAUUUAUUUUAGCACUGGCAAAGAUAUUUUCUUUUCAUAAAUCUCACAGGUUGAAGCCAUCUCAUCUGUCUGUCAGUGUGUACCUCUAUGCUUACAGUACAGCACCUGUUGGUUAAUUGAAGGAAAAGAAAACUUGAAGUCGACUCGUAGUAAUUUAUGGUACAUCACAGCCACGAACAAAUCCUUAUUCAAGAACAACAUUGCUAGAGGAGCCAAUCUUUUGGUUAAGUGCUUGGGAUGGACAGGCUUCAUUUAAGCCUCUUACAACUUGCCGACCUAUUGGCGGAGGAACACUUUGACCAGGAAUGUUGUGUGGACUGCGCUCCCCCGAGGCGACACGGAUUGACUACUUUAUUUAAGAAAAAGUGUUUAUAAGGAAUCAAAAUGUAGUUUCUAAGAGACAAUCAGUGUGUGUCUUAUAUAAAUGGUACAUAUGUGUUUGUUUUUUAAAUCUGUGCUAGCCUUCGAAACUGUGAUCUGUUGUAAUUGUAUGCAAUUUGUGAGCUCCCUCGCAUUAGCGAUGACUCUCUGCUGUGAUUUUAAUAGAUUUGUAACUUUUUGAACAACAAGAAAAUAAUGGAUAAUGGUUAAAUAAUGAUUAUUGCAAGAGACAACCUGACUGUCCAAACACAUGGUAGAACAUCUGAGGGGAUACUGGAAAAUAAAUUCGAUUGCUGAGACCUCUCUGGACUUAGCCUAGCGCGUCCCUAUCCAUUGAUCACUCACGUUGAUUGUGGAUCCCUAACAUGGCUCCAAAAAUGGUGUGACCCCACCGCUGAACAGACACAAAUAAAGGUCCUGAGAUCAGACCCCCUCAUUUAUCAAUGAGCUAAAUAUGGAUUCACUAUUGACUGUGUGUGAGUGUGUGUGUGUGUUGAUACAUAUUUAUGUAUUUUACAACGUCAUCCGUGGACAUCGGAUAUGGAUGAAACGCUGUGGAAGUAGGUUUAUAUGUAUGUUCCCUCACCUUGAAUUGAACAAAUAAAUAUUCCUAGGAAGAGCCAUAAUACCAUUUAUUGGAUGAAUUGACAGAGAAUGAACGUUGGAUAUGUUUAUUGCAAACUACUGACUCGACUUCAGCCUUUCAAGCAAAAAGUCAAGCAAAAUCUUGGUGGCCAAGAUAUAUUGCAGGAGGCCUAUGCCAUUAUAUUAUUUUACCACAGAUUACAAUAUUUUCUAAAUGAAAUUAAUGAACGAAUUUAAUAGAGGUGUGUUAAUUAGGUCUGUAAUUACUAUCUUAGUGAGCAAUCAUUAGCCACACUUGGCCGUUCAAUAUCCUCUAAUCAGCCUCAAACGGUAAACACGCAGCCUACUCUCUACAUUGACCAUUGUUUUAAUAAAUAAAACAUUUAGCUGAAGUUUCAGUCAUACAUUGGAUAAAUAAUACCAGAGUAGGCCUAUUUCAAGUCAUACAAUAUAGUUGUUGCUCUUUUCUUUGUCAAACCCACAGACACAAAACAUGGAUUUGACUCUUCCACGUUAUAACCAACACAAAUAGGCUACGAUGACAGUGAACAGCCCUGCGUUGUUUAUUUUUGCUAUACAAAAUAAGUUUAGGGCCUAUGUAUUUCUGCAACAGCCAGGGUAUAGCACAUUUUUUAUAUUUGGCUUUUUCUUAGUUUCCGGUGCUCAUUUCAGAUCUCAGAGACAGGAAUGUGCUUCUUGGGAAAGUAGUGUUAAUCCUGGCCUCAAAGAGAAACUAAUCUCAAUAUUUUACUAGCGGGGUUUCUUUAGGGCACAGUCAUUCAAAGACCGCCGCAUGCUUCUGCCCAACCCUGCAUUCCAAAAGCUGGCCUACCGUACCAGUUCGUUAUAAGCAGCCUCCCUACAAACACACUUUGACUGAGUUUUUGUUCAACUCAUGGAUUGACUCGAUCUCUACAAAAAUAAUGAGGUUAUAGCAACGAUUCAUGCCACUUAGUAAUAAUAUGGAUGUAUUUUAAGAACCUCUAAUUGCAGAUUGCUAAACUGAAGCUGCCCAUAUUCUGCAAACGUUUUCCGAAAUCAAUUAAAAGGCAACAAAAGAUGUCUGAUUAGUUAAGUUAAUCAAAUAUAUUGAAACGCAGCUCUCUGGAAAGUUCCACUACGACUCGUCAUUGCACAAAGUUUCAAGCUUGCCUUGAUAGUAAAACAUUUUUUUUUAAUAAUCUGAUUUAGGGGGUGCACUGUUUGAGAACAAUUGGCACCCGGGAGUCCUCUGGAGCUCAAUGGAGAACUUCUACAAAACUAAAUCUGGCGAAGGCAAAGAAAGUGGGCGGGGAAAGGGUUUUACCGUCGGCUCCGGGUUAUUUCUGAAAGUCCGACUCUGAGCAUUUAACGUUAUUGUGAGUUGACUGAGGCAAAGUCAGACAGGCAAUCGAAUCUUUAAUUACUCCAUGCCUAUGCAGUAAUUGUUAGAAGUCGAACAUUCAAUUAGCAUCCUUGACAUUGCCAAUAAUCUCUCUUUCAUUCGAGUCCUCAGUAAAGGAAACACACUAAUUAAAACCCGGGUUAGAAAUAAUUGAACCAUUAAAAAGAGGGCUAAAGAUUUGUAUUUCAUUCUUUUUAUUCCAUUUUAUCCCUUAGUUCAGAAAAAGUGGUGACUGAACCGUGUGUGCGUGUGUGCUCGCGCGCGUGUUUGUGUGUGCGCGUGUGUGUUCGUGUGUGUACUGUAAAUCAUCAUUAUUAUCAGCUAAAAUAGAUGGUUAGUUUAGAUGUAAGUGAAAGUUCGGUUGUAUCAACCUAAAGGUCUAGUUGAGUGCAAGAAGCCUAGUAAUUGUAAAAAUAAAUAAAUAUAUAAAAAAUAACAACAAAAAACGUAUAUGUAACAAACAAUGAAACAAUAAUCAUUCAAAUAUAAACAAUAGAUGCAGUUGUCUGUGGCAUGCGUUUUUAAUGAGAUUGCGUCUCCUCGUGCAGUGUCAACAACAACUGGCCUCUGCCCUCCAGAAUGUGUUUCCAUGUUUGAAAUUGAAGGUCACUUGCAGGAAGAUUUUUAUAACAACGGACAACUUUCGGUCUGCUAUAAGCAUUUGGUUUGACCAUAAAUGAUCAGUGUUCAUAAGGGGAAAUCCCAAAUAUAAACGCACGUAAUUUGGA